AGAGGGGGCGGAGUUCCGAGCAUGUGUGCGUGGAUUGGGCGGCGAGCCUAGGGGUCGGGGAAGGGGCGGGAACCCGCGGCCUCUGUGGCAGUGGUGGACACGUCGAGCUGGACAGAAGUGACGGGGCUUCUGAGAAGUCCUGAGGGGGUGACCGAUUCAAGUUCUGAGAGGGAGGAGUCUCUGGCUGAAUUCGACCUGGGAAGGCUCUUCAGUGCUCUCAACUUUCCUGGAAAAAAUGGAUCAUUCCCAUCAUAAGGGGAAAAACUAUAUGGACAACAGCAGCAGCACUAUGCCACCGUCUCACCAUCACCCAACAACUUCAGCCUCACACUCCCACGGUGGAGGAGAUGGCAACAUGAUGAUGAUGCCUAUGACCUUCUACUUUGGAUUUGAGAAUGUGAAGCUAUUGUUUUCCGGUUUGGUGAUUAAUACAGCUGGAGAAAUGGCUGGAGCUUUUGUGGCAGUGUUUUUACUAGCAAUGUUCUAUGAAGGACUCAAGAUAGCCCGAGAGGGUCUCCUGCGUAAGUCACAAGUCAGCAUUCGCUACAAUUCCAUGCCUGUCCCAGGACCAAAUGGAACCAUCCUCAUAGAGACACACAAAACUGUUGGGCAGCAGAUGCUGAGUUUUCCUCACCUUCUGCAGACAGUGCUGCAUAUCAUCCAAGUGGUCAUCAGCUACUUUCUCAUGCUUAUCUUCAUGACCUACAAUGGAUAUCUCUGCAUUGCAGUGGCAGCAGGGGCCGGAACAGGAUACUUUCUCUUCAGUUGGAAGAAGGCAGUGGUAGUGGACAUCACAGAGCAUUGCCAUUAACAUCAGAGUCCGUGGUGUGGCCUUAUUGAUUGCAGUGGGAAGCAUUUCAAGACUGGAAGACACGAUUCCUGCUCCAAUCACCCCUUCUUGUUCCUGUCUCUUUACACACAUACAUAGACACCUGGUGAAUAGAGGUUUAGUUUACAGUUUCUUUUCUGAGGAAAAUCUGUCUUUUCUAAUAAGCCGAGAUUCCCAAUACCCUUGAAGAGAAGCCAGCCAUGAGAUGUCUUCUCCCUCAUCAUCCUAGAUUCUUGUCUAAUCUGGGUAGAUUUCUAGUCAAUGACUUGAUCAUCUGCUUCCUUUUUUUAAUCUUUUGGGUUUUUUGGUUUUUGUUUUUAACAGACAAUAUGUGAAUUUGGUAGUUUUUCCCUGGGUCAGUGAUGGAAAGAGAUUAACUUCAGCCAGGAUUGAUGGCAGCUGAGGGAUAUUCUUGCCCAACUAACCCCCAAACUCAAACUUCACAUUAAAAAUUGUGCUCUAGUCUCUGGACCCCAAAAGGGGAAAAUACAUUGUGCCUUUCUCUAGGUGUGAUGUUUUGCACCAAAAUCUUGGUAGUGUGCGAAGGAGUGGUUUUGAGACUAAAUAUAGGCCCAGAACUUGUAGAGUGUGUAUUCUUGAGUUGCUAACUCAUUAGCUUGUGUUCCCACUUAACAUUUUUAUUAGAAUGAGCUUGUAAAUUUUUUAAAAAGACAAUCAAUUUGAAAAAAUAGACUAGACAUUUUUAAAUAAAACCAUUGGCAUUUUACUUUGAUUUGAUACCUUUGUUUGUCCCAGCUGCACAAAGCAAAAGAAUUUUUUUCCCCUCAUUUUUACUUUUACGUGUCUUCCUCCAAAGCAGUAAUUUUCAAACUUUCACCUGCAUCAGAAUCAUCUGGAGAGUUUGUUAAAACACUAGUUAUGGGGCCUCAAUCCCAGUGCCCCAAAUCUAGCAUCUCUGAGUUCCGAGGUGAUGCCCUGCUGAUGGACCAGAGGACCACACUUUGAGAAUAUUUGCUUUAAACUAAGGAAGUAAGGGCCGGGGAUUUAGCUCAGUGGUUUCGCCGCCUGCUGCGCAAGUGCAAGGACCCAAAUUUGAUCCCCGGUACCAAAAAAACAAAACAAAACUAAGGAAGUACACCUGAGGUGGGUGGGCUCCCCGAUAUUAGGCAUGAGAAUUUGAAUUCCUGGUUGGAAGGUGGUAUGUCUGGGCAUACCUCACAUAGUAAAUGUUUCUGGUCAAUACUUAAUCAUUCCAAAACAUUAGUUCAGCUCCAACUGCGUGUAUGUGCACUCACAUGUGUGAAGGACUAUAACCAAAGUACUUUCAUCAGCAUGUACAAAGUCAUUAGUCCUUGUUUUUAAAGAUCUGUGAUUCCUUGGAAACAGUUCGAAGGCUGAGAGAGACCUUUGCUCUGCAGUAUAAAUGAGCCAGUCAUGGGCCAGAAGAGCAAAAGCCCAGCUUUCUCUUUAGAGAGACAUGAGGUAUGGUCUGCUGAUGCCCAGAUUUUCCUCAGCUCCCAACAUCCAUGUCCAUACUAGGUACAUUCUCACACCCAGCAUGACCACCUUUAUUAUUACUCUUGGGGGCUUUAUUAGAUCACACGUGGCCAAAACCUCUUUUCUCAAUGAAGAAUCACAUUGGAUUUUUAUUCUGUUCAGUUGUUAGUCUACAUUGCAGUCUUGUUCCCAAACUACCUCUUUAAAGUGAUUCUUCUUGUGCUGGUCUGUUCAUUCCUGCCCUCUUUGGUGCUAGAUCCAAUUGUGCCUCAGGGCAGAGGAGAUAAAACACAGUCAUCCUGUUGUCCUGUGUUGUGGUUUUGAAAUUUGUACUUUCUCUGUGGGUACCAGUUAAAUAUUGGAGAUCAAAGAAUGUGUACUUCUACAUCUGUGAACCGAGAGAGGGUUUUGAGCCUACUGGAUUGAGAUUGAAAUGCAAGAAUCAACAUUUAGAACUUUGUACUUUUCUUACAUUUCAUCUCCUUGUAGUGCUGAUACUUAGCAUGAGCAAAGUGAAUGACAGGUACUACUCAACAGCCCAACAUUAAGAUAGAAAUAGCCUGUUGUGGGCCAGUGAUUUAGCUCAGUGGUUUCACCGCCUGCUGUGCAAGCACAAGGACCCGAGUUCAAUCCCUGGUACCAAAAAAAAAAAAAAGCCUGUUGUAUAAACAGCUUUUAUUCCUUAGAAGCCAAGAAAUAAUAAAACCAUGAGUUGUACAUAAGAAUCAAUGCUCAGUGGUGACUCUGGUGCUCUCUAGAAGUCUCUCGGCAUGAGCUGCUAUAAAAUACCUUCCAGGAACAGGACCUUAUCAGUGGGGUGAGAAAAAUCCAGGCCAGUUAAGAUAAAGUGCUACAAAUUUUUUUUUAAGUGCUAUGAAUUUGAAACUCACAGAAACCUUAGUUUGGGACAAGUCUUCAAGUGUUUGGGGUAGAGUUAAUCUGAAAAACAUGAAUUUUAUAGGUCCUUAGACUAGAUUGCCAGUGAAGGAGAAAAAGGUUAAAGCUUAAGUUCCAUCUUUCUUGAGUGCUUGGAUUUUGAUGACACAGUGAUCUCAAUGACUUUCAUUUCUGUAUCUCUGUUCAUUUGGAAUUUAAUGCCUGACCUCGUUGACUGUUUUGGAUCUAAACUAUUUUUUUCUUCCAUUUUCAAAUCUCUUAGAAGACUGUGUCUCCAUUUCUUUGGCAUCUUACUUUGCUGUCUUUCUCCUUAUCUUUCACUCUUUUAUCCUGUGGCCAUUGCUAUGCCAGGGAUAUAACUACCAAACAGAAAUUGGUAUUUAUAAACCUGGUAGAGACCUUAAGUAUGUGUCUUGAUGCAAUUGCCCCACUGGAAUUUCUAUUAAGCUAGGUAAAGGGCUACCUAGUACCCUCCCCAGCAUUACAAAUCUGAGGUGCUUGCUGUCUCUCAUUUUUAAUGAACACUCAGCACCCUCACUGGCUACAAAUAGAAUCCUCACUAUGUCCACCAGAGGAUUAGAAAUUAAAGUUUCUUCACUACUUCCAUGGUAGGAUUGUCAAAAAUUCCCUAUCAGGCUGUGAGUAUGGGCAUUAGGUUCCAGUCACAAGGGGUUCCUUAUGCGGAGCUGGGGCGUGAGGCAGGCAGUACAUACUCAUGUCUUGUAAUUUUGAUCCUGCCCUCUCCAGCCAUUUCUUCAGAAGAUACACCUAAAGAUACAAAGUCUGCAUUUGAAAUAAUGCCUUAAUCACUGGGUCUACAAUUCAUGUUGACUGUUUUAGAUUGUAAGCUCCUGAGAGCAGUAUUGCUGUAGGAAUGUUUUAACAGUGUCAUGUGCAAAGGAACAAAAUAAAUAUUUUGAUUUUGUGAUUCUAA